AUGAGGGGUCCUCCUCCUGGCGAGCCACAGGAACCAUGGCGCGUGCCGGCUAUCAAAGCACAUCCCGCCGGGGCAUCCGUCCGGGGUGCGACGCCCCACCUUCGUGUGUACUUUGUCAUGGCCACCUGCGCGGAUCCGGCGAGUGCCGCGACCUUGGACACUCUGGCAAGACGGGGAUCAAUAAGCGAGGCCCGACAGGGGGGGUCCUGUAUUCGGCUGAAAGGAGUGAACGGACCCCGCUUGGACGGGGGCCCUUCCAAGCUCACGCCACUCCCCCCGCCCUCGCUGGCUGGUCCGGCAGCCCACGGCAGGCAACCGAACCGCUUGGCGCAAAUCAGCCUAAAGCGCGGGAGGAUGGCGACGAGGUUGUCAGCGGUGUUCGUGCUGGUGUGCGCGCUGGCGGUGGCCUCAAGGGCGUGCCAGAUCCACGACAGGAGCGGGCGGAGUCUGUUGGCGGUAGGGCUUGGAUGA